AAUAAUAAUCUAGUUUUUAUUUUACAGGGAUUUGUAGAUCCCACGCAAGGCGCAAGUAUCUUGUCACAACUUACUUUGUUUACAACUUGUUCCACCAAGUUGUUCCGCGAAGUUUGACCUGUUACGCUGUUGUCCCCAAGAAGUCACUCUGUUGCUGUGUCGCUCUCUAUUCUUGUUUUUGCCAAGAAUGGAGGAGGUUAAAGUUUGCAAAAGGAAGGUGAACUGGUUGCCGCAAGAAACUCACCUUAUGCUGCAGCAGUUGCAGGAGCACAAAUCUGUGCUGAGAGACAAAUGCUGCCCUCAGCGCCUUAAAAGGGCUGCCUGGGCCUCAAUAACAAAGAUUAUUAAUGAUGCCCACGGCAACGGCAGGAAGCAGGAGGAGGUGGAAAAAAGAUGGCAAAAUGUGAAGUUCAAGGCCAUGAAGGAGAGGAGUGAAUAUAAGAAAUCUUUACCGCAGACAGGUGGUGGCCCUCUUCCCAUGAACCCAGAUGACACGAACAAGCUCAUUUGGGACAUCUUGGGGAGGGACAGUGAGUCCGUUGGUGGGAUUGAGGUGGAUGAGGUGGAAGAUAAAUCUGUCAUGUACCUGAAAAUUAAUGGCGUGGCUUCAGCUUCCCAGCCAACAAAUGAGGUGGAUGAACCACAUUUCAUUGAUGCAGAUGAAUGUAUGGAAGAUUCAUUAUCCCUCCCCACCACCACUCACUGUUCAUUAUUGGCGGUCGACCCACCACCUUCGCCACCUUCACCUCCCCAAAUUCCUGGUACUAUCAACCAGGUGUACGGUGAAGCGAUUGCCUCUCACUAUGGGCGUAGUGUUGAUUGCUACAAGAAAGGCAUCGAUGCCUAUGUGAGUCACCUUGCCUUUUUGGAAAGAUAUCUCGACAAGAAAUGAGAAUGCUAUGACACAGUCAGUGAGACUGCUGUGAGGCCACCAAGGAGACUGCUGUAAAGCUGUCAGUGAGACUGCUGUGAGGCCACCAAGGAGACUGCUGUAAAGCUGUCAGUGAGACUGCUAUAAGGCCACCAAGGAGACUGCUGUAAAGCUGUCAAUGAGACUGCUAUGAGGCAGGCAGGGAGACUGCUGUGAGGCCACCAAGGAGACUGCUGUAAAGCUGUCAGUGAGACUGCUGUGAGGCAGGCAGGAAGACUGCUGUGAGGGCACCAAGGAGACUGUUGUAAAAGCUGUCAGUGAGACUGCUGUGAGGCAGGCAAGGAUACUGCUGUGAGGCCACCAAGGAGACUGCUGUAAAGCUGUCAGUGAGAUUGCUAUGAGGCCACCAAGGAGACUGCUGUAAAGCUGUCAAUGAGACUGCUAUGAGGCAGGCAGGGAGACUGCUGUGAGGCCACCAAGGAGACUGCUGUAAAGCUGUCAAUGAGACUGCUAUGAGGCAGGCAGGGAGACUGCUGUGAGGCCACCAAGGAGACUGUUGUAAAGCUGUCAGUGAGACUGCUGUAAAGCUGUCAAUGAGACUAGUGUGAAGCCACCAAGGAGCCUGCUGUAAAGCUGUCAGUGAGACUGCUGUGAGGCCACCAAGGAGACUACUGUAAAACUGUCAAUGAGACUGCUGUGAGGCAUGCAGGGAGACUGCUGUGAGGCCACCAAGUAGACUGCUGUAAAGCUGUCAGUGAGACUGCUGUGAGGCCACCAAGGAGACUGCUGUAAAGCUGUCAGUGAGACUGCUGUGAGGCAGGCAGGAAGACUGCUGUGAGGGCACCAAGGAGACUGUUGUAAAGCUGUCAGUGAGACUGCUGUGAGGCCACCAAGGAGAUUGCAGUGAGGCCACCAAGGAAAUUGCUGUAAAGCUGUCAGUGAGACUGUUGUGAGGUAGGCAGGGAGACUGCUGUGAGGCCACCAAGGAGACUGCUGUAAAGCUGUCAGUGAGAUUGCUGUAAGGCAGGCAGGGAGACUGCUGUGAGGCCACUAAGGAGACUGCUAUAAAGCUGUCAGUGAGAUUGCUGUGAGGCAGGCAGGGAGACUGCUGUGAGGCCACCAAGGAGACUGCUGUAAAGCUGUCAGUGAGACUGCUGUGAGGCAGGCAGGGAGACUGCUGUGAGGCCACCAAGGAGACUGCUGUGAGGCCACCAAAGAGACUGCUGUAAAGCUGUCAGUGAGACUGCUGUGAUGCAGGCAGGGAAACUGCUGUGAGGCAGACCAGGAGAUUGUUGUGAGGCAGAACAGGAGAUUCCUGUUAGGCAGACCAGGAAACUGCUGUGAGAUAGCCAGAGGGACUGCUGUGAGGCAGACAGAAAGACCAGCAGUGUGGCUGUCCUGUGAAACAAUAAAAAGAAGAAAGUGAAAUAUUUAUUUUAUUUGAGCAACAAAUGUAAACUAUUUGUGUAAAUAAUAUAAGUAACUUUUAGAAUACUUGUAACACUUUCCUAACCAUUUCUUCCAGUGCUGUAAUGCAAGUUGUGUGUUGGGAUUGAACUGAACAAUUUGCUGGCCACCUCACACUUCACCACUACAUGACAUGAUAUCUAGAUUUAGUUAAUAGGGAAUGAUUUAGGAAGAGAGUUAAGUAACUGCAUGUGUGAUAACAGGAACCUGCAAGUUACCAAAAAUUUUUAAUGGUUUUUAUUUAACAUAUGACAUGAGAUUUGUGUAUAGAAUGAGAACGAUGUUCAAAAUCAAGGCAGUGAAAACCUGUUAUUUGUAAAGGAAAUUUGCAACAGUUGCAGUUGAUAUUAGCAAUGAGGAAAUUACAAGGAAUAAACACAAAAAUAUCUGAGAUGAAAUGAAGACAAAAUGAGGGUGAUGACAUCUUACCCAAAGUGGGGAUUGGCAAACAAUUCCCUGUAGUAAGGGAUACCCACUGCAUUGUCUGCCACAACUGCUGUUGAUCGGAAAGAGUUUUGAAAGAUUUGUAAGAUGUAAAUUGUGAAAAAAGAAGAUAAAACUGAAUAUUAGUGA